AUGGCCCCACGAGCAAACCCUCCACCCAAGAAAAAUCGUGCGAGGUUCGGUGUCAAGUUUUCUCUGAAAAUCAUCAAAGGCGACCUCCCCCCCGAUACUGAGUACCUCGAUGACGACUUUGACGAAAACUUGUCCACCCUUGCGGUUGCAGAUGUGGACAUUAAUGAGGGCCAUGUGGCAGAACACCACCUGCAAGCAGCACUCGCCACAACUGCUGUAUUCAUCCCCACACCCUGCUCGCUCUCUUCCGUCGAUAAUUACGACCAGCUCUAUGGGGCGACGCAAUGGAAAGACCCUAUCACCUAUCUUCAGUCCAACCAGACCGUUGAAGAGGCGUGUGCCAAUGCCCUGGUCGACCAUGACUACACCUAUUACAUGGAUGAAUUUGAUAAGCAGUGGCUUGACAAGAACAACAAGGAUGCUCGAGGGGAGGGCACCAGCUCUAGUGCCCGAAGUUCUAGGAAAAACAAGGAGAAAGAAUCUGACAUGUGCACGCCAGCCGAAAUCUCAGAGGACGAAUUCGAAGUCGUGAUGUCUCUCAUGGAGAAAUACGUGGAUCAAAAGAUUCUUCGAGGAGACGCCCCCGACUUCGAAUUCUUCACUGGCUUUUUCUUGGAGCCUUUGUCUCCCUCUCUGUUUGCGUCGUUUUCAGUGCCAUCGUGGAUCCCACCGCCUGCCCAGCUUGUUCGUAUUGCUCGCACUAUAUAUCCGCACUGGAGACAUCGGAGAACUCUCGUUUCUGGGCGGAGAAUACAGCCUGCUCUCAAUUUUGACGAGAGUGAUUUCCCAAAUGAGUCGUACAUUUGUUUUCGCCGUCGCGACAACAAACCUGUGCGCAAAACUCGAGGGGGAUUGGUUGUCAAUCACGCAGAAAAGCUGGCCAAUCUCCAGCACAACCUCAGUCAGGUCCUCGACAUUGCCAACUCGGUCCUUCAAAGGGAAAAUAUCAAACAAUCUGCUGCUAGCGAAUCCCAAGCUUUGUGGAAUGCACGUCAACCGAUGGCGGAUUUCUUACGACAAUUCCCUGCAAUGAUGACUAAGGCAGAUGAAGACCGUCUCACAGAAAAGCCGAAGAAGAUCAAACCCGCAAAAUCCUCCUUGCUUCCCAAGGUCAAGGUACUCCCACCGACUCAAUCAAGUUCGCCUGCCCAGGCUCCAGCUCCGCCAGCGGUUCAACCUUCUGAACGUCAUGCCGAGGUGCAACAAGAUAUUGCUCGGCGGAUGCUGCAAGAGACAGAAAACUUGAAGAGACGUGGUUACUUGGACUUGACUGAUGACCCUGUGCAAUCUGCAUAUUUGCCACGCCCCGAGAAGUUGUGGGUUGACGUUGCCUCCAAGACAUCACCACCCCCAGAACUCGCGACAAGAAUAGCGCGGCCUCUUCGUCUCCGAGUUGGACGUGGUGGACGGCAAUUCAUCGACCGACGGAGCAGUUCUCAUCCAUACCUUUCACCUCUGCGCAAUCAUCGUUCUCACGCCGACAGUGAUGAUUCUUUGGAUUUCGACGAAGAAGCGACACGGAGGCUACGUGCACAAUGGAGGUUCGACACUGAUAGUUCUUGGACUGGUGGGCCUUCAGAAGAAGAUGCCCGUGAACUUGUUGACGAAUUUGAUGACACUUAUAUCGUUCAUCGUCUUCAGUGGUCGGUGGAAAGCCGUAAAGCGGAGCCUUCGCAGAUUUCCGAUCUGUCUCUCGUCUCCGACGCAAGUCUUACCGUGCAAACCCCCGAUGGCCGAUCGCGCAAGGCCCUACCAUUCUUGACUAACGCAAUCCAUCUCGCAACUGUCCAAAACUAUCCUGACGUCCACUCGUACCUGAUUGCGGCAGGAGUCGCGAAAGCGAACCCUCAGCCAACCGCUAGUGCCCAGGCUCAAGCGAUGGCUCACGCUCGAGCAGUUGCGCAGCAGAGACAGGACAGUUCCGCCCUCAGUCACCAAACUCCGACUACCUCCGCUGCACCCAUCCCUGCCUCCGUAUCUUCCACAAUAUCAACCCCAAUCUCUGCUCGCCCACGGACCUUACGUGAUGCACCACUUCCUCAUCCUCUGCCAAAUGGAACUGGGAACUCCAAUGCUGGAGGACAAGCUCACAAUGUUGUGAAAUCGAGCAUACCGUUGGGCAACGCGUCACAUAAUCAAAAUCAAAUGCCUCCACCUCUCGCCCCAACUCAGAUGACGAAUGGACGGGCGAUCUAUGUGCCAUCGCUCGCUGCAGCCAAUGCCAGCUUCAAGGUGCCUGUAAUGCAGCGUGCCACGACGACGUCGAGCCCAGUACCCAUUCGGUCGGUUGCCGUGAACGGCGAUUCGAAGUAG